UGCCCGGUCCUCCGAGGCCAGCGGCGGGUCAGAGGCGCGGCGGGUGCGGGCGACGCCUUGGGGCCGCGGGCGCGGACACCCCGGCUUUGGGGACGGAGGUUUCCAAGCCUCUCCCCACGCCGGACGCCGGGGCCGCGGGGUCUCCGGAGGGGCGGCGUCUCCAGGAGCCCCGGGAGCCGGAGCGCGGAGCCCCGGAGCGGAGCGCGGGGCGGAGCCGGCCGCCGAAGCCCCCGAGCGGUCCCCGGACCUGGACCUCGGGACCCCGAGGCCGGAGAGCGGAGGCUCCGGGCGGGACGCGGCGGGGCCGGGGGCCGGGGCCGAGGCUCGGCCGGGCGCCCCGGCCCGCGCGGAGACCCCGGCCCCCGACCCCGCCCCGGGCCCCGCGGCGCCGCCCAUGGAGACGCCCAUCGAGCGCGAGAUCCGCCGCAGCUGCGAGCGCGAGGCGAGCCUGCGCCGGAGACGGGGCCUGAGCCCGGGCCGCGCCGGCCAGGAGCUGGUGGAGCUGCGCGUGCGGCCGCUGCUCAGCCGGCCGGACCCGGGCCCCGCGCGGCCCCGCGCCCUGGAGCGCGCGCGCGCCGGCGCCAGGAUGCGGCGCGACGUGGAGCGCGAGGCCGGGCGGCAGGCGGCGCUCGUGCGCCUCGCGGCCCCGCCGCCCCGCGCGCGCCCCGCCGCCCCGCCGCCCCCGCCGCCGCUGCGCGAGCUCCGGCGCUUCUUCGAGGCCGCGGCCCGGGACCCCGCGCUGGCCUGCGCCCCGCCGCCCGCCGCCCCGUCGCUGCUGGAGCGGGAGGUGCGCGAGGCUCUGGAGCGCGAGCGGGAGCUGCAGCGCCUGCGGCGGGACGUCUACGGCACGGCCGAGUUCACGGACCCCGCGCCCAGGCUCACCGCCAGCCGGGGCGACGGAAAACUGGCGGUGAUCUGGCCGCCGCACAGGAAGGCCUCGGAGAACGGCCUGGACCAGGAGGGGCGCAGACCGUGAGGUGUGUGACCCGGACGCCCGGCGGGAAGAACCAGGAUGGGGUCGACCGUCGGAGGAGCGCCCCGCGGCAGGCGCCCUCGGAAAGGCUUGCAGAAGAGGGGGCCCCCCGCCCCGGGAGCGUGCGAUGGCCGGCCCGCGCUUCACCUUGACUUUGGGGAGCUUUAGUGCACUGGGACCGGCGCUUGUCCGCCUGGAGGAAGAAAAGCCACCACCCCGGGGCAGAUCGAGGGGCCGGGGUCACCCCACGCCCCUCCGCACAAAUAAAGCCCCGCCCCUCCGGGGCCCGCGAGA